AUGGACAAUAAUGAAGAACAUUAUGAAGUAGAAUAUGUCUUUGGAAAGAGACUAGAUAGAGGAAAUUAAGUAGAUUAUGCAGUUAAAUGGCUUGGUUAUGAUAAAAAGCAUCAUACAUGGGAACCAAUUUCUAGUUUUAGUGCUGCCUCAUUACUUUUAAUUGGGUAAAUAUUGUUUUAUAUAAUUCAAGUCGAUUUGAAAGAUAUUUAGCAUAUAAAAAUUAUUAUAAAUUAAUAGCUAAAAAAGUGGAAAAAGUAAAAUAACUUAAAAAACCAGAUGAACCUAUUAGGGUACAUAUUAGAAAUAGAUUCACUCAAGUACUCAUUAAAGAAGCUGAAAUUAUUAAUAUAGAAUUGGAUACUGAUGAAGUUAUUUAAAAAAAAGAAACAUUCUAAAUUUAUGAUGAUGAUCCUGAUGUUCAAAUAAUAAGUGUGAGUUUUAAACCAAUUAAAUAAAGUGAAUCUAAGGAUUUAAAUAAGUUUAAAGUUCAAAAAGUUUCUUAAACUCUUGAUUUCAAUAGGAUGAUGCAUAUUAGAUAACAAUAAUUUAAUCCAAUUAAAAUUAAUACUUAUAAAAGUAAAUAUAAAGUAGAAAAGGAUUUUUUAAAUGAAAUUAUUUUUGAAUAGAGACAAAAAGAAAAAGAACUUAACAUGCUUAAAUUUACAGAAAUAAAUGAUAGAUAUGAACCUACCCAACCUAUUAAAUUAAUAUCUGAUUAUUCUUAAACUGAACCAUUUUUAAAAUCGUAAAAUGUUUAUCGCAAUCAGUAAUUUUAACAUAGAGUUUUUAAUUAUAAAGUUCCAUUUGAAUUUAUACUUUCCCAUCAUCUAAUUUAAAAUGAAUUAUGGUUCAAAUGUCAGAGUGAUGAAUAAGAGAUCUUAUUUGUUGAUCUUUAAACACUCCAAUAAAAUUAUUCAACUUUGUUAUUAGAUUAUUUGGUUACAUUUAGUAUGAUGAUUUUAUGA